GAGCCAGGGAGUCUGAUUCAGGGACUGGUCACCUGGCUUCAGGGGUGAGGGACAGAAGCGAUUGCACAGGGCUGCCUUUCUAGAGCAGCCUGGUGGAGCAGCAUGGCUAACGUGUGGGCCACGGCCCCUUCCCAGGGAUCUAAGCCCCGCCAGAGAGAGACACUUAUGUUGUGAUUGUAACUGUGGGAAGAUGACAGUGAUUUUCUGGCCGUGGUCACCGCUCCGUGAGGAACUGCAUUAAAGGGCGCAGCACGGGGAAGGGUGAGAACCACCGAUCCAGCUAGAGUUGGGGACUGCAGGGCCGAGGGCCUGGUGUCAGUGAGCCCUGCCCCCGGGCUGCCUCAGAAAGGGCGCUGUGGGACCUCUGCCGAGGCAGCGGCAGGUAGAACCCUGGCCCUGUGUGAGGUGAGGCUCUGUUGCCAGGUGACUGUGGGGCAGCCACCCAGCCGGGGAGCGCUCAGCAGCCGCCUUCUGCCGUGCUAUGUCAAGGCAGCUCAACAUGGAUACCAUGCGGCAGAACUUCUGGAAGGAGGAGUACCUCAAACAGAUGAAAUUGCGCUGCGAUUGGCACCGCAAGUAUGGGAAUCUGGUGAAGGCCAAGCAGAAGGCUAAGAGUGCGGCUCGCCUGCCCCUCAAACUGCCCACCCUGCUGCCCAAGACCACAGUGCCACCAGCUGUCUCCAAAGCAGCCCCUUCCAAGGCCCCCAGCCCCGUCCCAGAGGCUUUCCAGUCAGAAAUGUACCCCGUCCCGCCCGACAUCAAAGCCCUGCUGUACGAGGGCAUCUCGCAUGACCUGCAGGGCCGCUACCACUACCUCAAAGCCCGACAGCUGGACCUGCCCGAGAAGCGCUACCUGUUCCCCGUCACCACCAGCUUCUCAUAUGGCUGGCAGCUGGGCCCUGCAACAAAGCAACAGCUGGUCUCCUGCAAGAUGUGCCGCAUUGAGUCGUUCUUCCGCAAGAACGGGGCCUUUGCACUACUUGACCCCCGAGAUCUGGCCCUCUGA